UUGGUUUCUGGGGCCGGGUGAGGUGAUGGCGGCCGGAGGUACUGAUACGCGAGCUGUGGAUGUGGAGGAAGACGCUUCUCAGCUCGUCUUUCCCAAGGAAUUUGAAACUGCAGAAACUCUUCUAAAUUCAGAAGUGCACAUGCUUCUUGAACAUCGGAAGCAGCAGAAUGAGAGUGCAGAAGAUGAGCAGGAGCUCUCUGAAGUCUUCAUGAAAACUUUGAACUACACUGCUCGCUUCAGCCGCUUCAAAAAUCGGGAGACUAUUGCUAGUGUCCGUAGUUUGUUGCUCCAGAAGAAGCUCCAUAAAUUUGAAUUGGCAUGUUUAGCUAAUCUUUGUCCUGAAACAGCUGAGGAGGCCAAAGCUUUAAUACCCAGCUUAGAGGGUCGGUUUGAAGAUGAAGAGUUGCAGCAAAUUCUUGAUGAUAUCCAGACAAAAAGAAGCUUUCAGUAUUAGAAGAAAUUGCCAGACCCUUCUGUAGUCUGAACAUUGUGGGUGGCUGGGCUGACACCCACAUUUGUUCCCAUGUACUAGUGGACCAAACCUAGCUAUCAUUUGACAACAAAGAGAAGCUGAUGCAGGAUAAAAUUUUGCGUCCCACCCAACACGUAUUUUAAAAACUGGGGUUGCAGCUCUUUGGACUUGUUGAAUAUUGACAGAGUUGGAAAGAUUCAUGUGAUAUAAGACAAUAGAACUCUGGGAAGUUUGGUCUGAUGAGUUUAGUAUUUAUUUCCAAACUGUUGUCUUCAUCCUCGUACUAGACAGAAUGUUUCUGAGGUCAGAAACAAUAAAUGAAGGCACAAUUCUCAGUUUGAACACAUGUUCCCUAAGAUAAGAGGAAAUAUCUUUUGGAAAAUUGUAAAUAUAGAAUCAGGAUUAAUAAAUUUGUGUGGCUUCUUGUGUGGUUUGAUCAGCAAUUUCUCUCUUUAAGAAUAGUUUCGUACAAUUGUUUUGUGUGAAUUAAAGUACAGUAUUUCUAAGAAGGGUACUAUGAUUUGUAAAUGUUCUUAUCCAUUCAUUAAUAUAAUUUUUUAAACAAAAUUCCAGUUGAGCUGUGGGGGGUGGGGCACAGAUAGCAGAGGAAAUGAAUUUGUUGGAAUACUAAACUGCAUCUAAAGUUUUUGCUAUAUGUUGGUAUAUUCAUGUAAUAAGUUAUAUGUUUAAUUUAGAUAUAUUGCUUUACAUGACAGUUACCUAAUGGUGUAUAUGUUUUGGAAAAAGAAAAUAACACCUUUGUGCUUUUUUUU